GUUUUUUUCUUCUGUCACAUGACAAUUCCCUUUUGACUGAAGACUUGCCUUUUUUAGUUCAUCUUUCUAAAUAAAUUUACUGAAACAAAAAAAUGGCUAUUGCCGCAGCUAAAGGAAGACUCAUAGCAGUAAUUGGUGACGAGGACACUUGUGUCGGUUUCCUUUUGGGUGGUAUAGGCGAGAUGAACAAAAACAGGCAACCAAAUUUUAUGGUUGUGGACAAGAAUACGAGCAUCAGCGAAGUUGAAGAUUGCUUCAAGCGUUUCCUCAAGAGGGAUGACAUUGACAUAAUCUUGAUCAAUCAGAAUGUAGCAGAAAUGAUUAGGCAUGUGAUUGAUAAUCACAACGAACCCAUUCCAGCAGUGCUUGAAAUUCCUUCAAAAGAUCACCCGUAUGACGCAUCAAAGGAUUCAAUUCUUCGUCGCGCCAAAGGGAUGUUCAGCGCCGAAGACGCCAAAUAAUUGCAUGAAACCAACGGCGCGUAGAACAUUUUCCCCAAUUAGCUUUCUUUUUGUUUGUAUUGUUGUCUCUUUAUACAUUCCUAUCUUUGUUUCAAAUGAACCAUAAAUAGAGUAAUCAAAGGUA